AUGCCGGCGCAGGGAGAGGCAUGGGUAGGAGUGGAGGUGUCCAGGAGUUUCCAGUCUCUCUCAGCUCCUCCUGAAUCUACAGACGUAAAUGACGAUCCCUUCAGUUCUCUCUCCUCUUUUGAUGGAGUGAGAGAAUCUGUCCAUCAGCUGAGAGACAAACUGGAGGAUUUCUGCAAAGAGGAGCUGAAGAAGAUCUCUGACAGAGUCACUUUCACCAACAUUGUUCCCAGAACCAGGAACGACUUCCUACAAUAUUCCCAUCAGCUCACUCUGGAUCUGAACACAGUGAAUAAACACCUCCGUCUGUCUGAGAGGAACAGAGUGAUUACUGGCACUUUCCCAGAGAUUCAGUCGUAUCCUGAUCAUCCAGACAGAUUUGAUGUGUUUUAUCAGGUGUUGUGUAGAGAGAGUGUGUGUGGACGCUGUUACUGGGAGAUUGAGUGGAGUGAACGUGUGUCUAUAUCAGUGUCAUAUAAGAGCAUCAGCAGGAAGGGAUCGGGUGAUGAGUGUUGGUUUGGAUUUAAUGAUCAGUCCUGGAGUUUGAUCUGCACUUCCUCCAGAUACUCAUUCAAACACAAUAAGAUACGGACUGAUCUCCCUGUAGAGUCCAUCAUCAGGAGAAUAGGAGUGUAUGUGGAUCACAGUGCAGGAACUCUGUCCUUCUACAGCGUCUCUGGAGACACAAUGAUCCUCAUCCACACAGUCCAGACCACAUUCACUCAACCGCUCUAUCCUGGGUUUAGGGUUUAUAUUGAAUCAUCACUGAAACUGUGUUGAUGAAUCAGAACAGACUGUAGAGAGAUUCUACCCAUAAUGCUUUGAGCUCAUGAUGAAUCAGUAACAGUGAGAUGUUAUAGAGUCUCUUAUUUUCUCUUCAUUACAUUAAUACUACAGCUGAACUUCUGUCAGUGAAAUAACAUGAAGAAUAAAUGUAACACUUUAGAUUACAGCCUGUAAAGUACUGCAUAAGUAAAAUGAAUUUACAGCCUAAUUUCAGUAAUUAUAGUGGAUCUAUAGAGUAUGUGUGUGUAGGUAUAAGGGAACAAUAUGUAAAGUUUGGGGAAUAAAAUUAACAUUAUUUA